CUCUAAGGCCAGACGAAAGCGUUCCUUGAUUUCAUUUGCAUUCUCAUCAAUGAAGGCUACGACUCGUCGCAGGAUCCCUAAAGAUAUAAUGCUAAGAUCACAAGAUGGAUUGGUUAUCCACUAUCGCUACAUCUAUGCAUUUCUGAUGCCGUUUUCGAUAGUAACCCAACCUUUUUGGAGCACAACACGUUCACACGAAUUUACAUGAUCUGCGUAAGACAACACCGUCGGGGAAAUGGCUAAAAAAUACGAUGGUGUUCAAAGAGAAAGCACGAGAAGGACUGAGCAAUCAGGUAGGCGACACUAUCAGUUUUAUUCACGAAUGUCAUGUUAGGAUUGUAUUAUCGGGACCACAGUCGAAUAUGCUGUGUACAAGAAGGAAUGGGAAUUUCGGAAAUGAUAUGGCAGUUUCAGUGCUUCAGAAUAUUAUGUCAGUGGACCAUUCAUUGCCAUUUCAAUCUGCCAGCGGACCAUUCAUAGCCAUGUCAAUCUGUCAGCGGACCAUUCAUUGCCAUGUCAAUCUGUCAGCGGACUAUUCAUUGCCAUGUCAAUCUGUCAUCGGACCAUUCCUUGCCAUGUCAAUCUGUCAGCGGACCAUUCAUUGCCAUGUCAUUCUGUCAGCGGACCAUUCAUUGCCAUGUCAAUCUGUCAGCGGACCAUUCAUUGCCAUAUCAAUCUGUCAGCGGACCAUUCAUUGUCAUGUGGUCACAUUAGCUGUUCGUUAUGUCGUGUUAAUAGGAACAUGACAUAUUAACUAAAAAUAUUGUUAAUGAAAAAUGGGAUAUUUAAAGAGAUUGGUUUAUGAUUAUGGAAAAGUCGCCAUAAACUUAAAUCAAGUUUAUUUUUAAAAAUAGUACGUUGUCAUAAAAUUUGUUUAUUGAAUAUAUUAACUUAGUGCAUUUGUAGAAAAUGGCUUGAAAAAAUUUUAUAGAAAGAAUGGCUUAAUGUGUGUUUAAAGCCAUUAGUUUAAAGUGUGUUUAUUGAAAAAUAGGACUAAUUAGAAAUGAAUUUUAAAGUAUUUUGAAUUCACAUUGUGUGGUAAAUUAACGUGUGUUACCAGUAUAUACACACCACUCUGACUCCCCCCACACCCCCAAAAGCAACGAUUGAUAAGAUGGGGAAGACCCAAAAACAUCUGGCUAAGAGAGGUAGUAAUUAAGGUCGGAAAGAGUUGGGAACAAGUCACAGAAGAUAGAAAGAGAAGCUAAAAAAAAAAAAAAUAAAAAAAUAAAAAAUAAAAAAAAAAAAAAAAAAAAAAAAAAAAAAAAAAAAAAAAAAAAAAAAAAAAAAAAAAAAAUAAUAAAAAAAAAAUAAGGAAAGACGAAGAAACCCCCCUCAACCUUCAAUCAAACCAUUUUAUUCAUCUUCACAAACCCUAAUAUAGUAAAUGAAAAGAAAAUAUAAUUAAUUCUCAAUUUUUACUUAAAACUUUAUUUUUGUGUUCUUUUUGUGACAAGAAGUCAAAGUAAAUUUUGGUGUAUCUAUUGCGUUAUUAAGUAAAAAAAAAAAAAAACUUCUUCUGUUAACAUAAUUUAACAACUUUUGAACAUAUCGUAUCAGUGGGUCACGACGCAUGGGCAACUUUGUAAAUAAAACAUUGAAAUCAUAUAUAUACUGUUAUUUAAAUGCAACCGAACUGCAAGUUUAAAGUACUGUACACACUGUAUUCUAUUUAAGCACUCUUUAAGUGAAUUACCCAUGCAUACCGCUUGAUUAAUAUUUAUUUGAUAAUUCUGAAUUCACAGAUAUUUCAGACUUGGCCCACUUGUCAAAAAGGGUCAAACAUUCAUCGCUAAGUGAAUCUUCAAAAUUUGAAUAUGGUAAGUGUACAUUUCUCAGUACAUUAAAAAAAAAAAAAAGAAAAGAUAAAUGAAUAUUGAUUAAUGAAUUAAUGCUAUCAAUUUUGAUUACUAUAACCUAACUUCUUAUGAAGGAUAAUAUUUAUUUGAUAAUUCUGAAUUCACAGAUGUUUCAGACUUGUCCCAUUUGACAAAAAGGGUCAAACAUUCAUCGCUAAGUGAAUUUUCAAAAUUUGAAUAUAGUAAGUGUACAUUUCUCAGUACAUUAAAAAAAAAAAAAAGAAAAGAUAAAUGAAUAUUGAUUAAUGAAUUAAUGCUAUCAAUUUUGAUUACUAUAACCUAACUUCUUAUGAAGGCCUAUUUCUUUCUUAAAAGUUAACCUUGAUCAUUAUUCUGACGGAACAAAGAGGGAAUCAAAUUAAAAACGCAACUUUUACCGGCAUUAACGAUGUACAGUGUCGUUAUAAAAAUAAUCAAAAAACAAAAAAACAAAAAAAAACAAAAAAAGAUGAGAGCGAUUAAUCUGUCAUCUACAGUUCAUCUUCGCCUGUGUUAUAGAUAUGGUAAGGUUUGAAUUUUAUUUCUUGUUUGCACCUUCAGUUUAUCAGGAUUUCUGCAGGACCACCUCUAGGUUUUAGCUUUGCAUUUGGAUUUAAUUUUGUCUGCUUUAAUUUUCUUGUACCGGGGUAUUUAUUUUAAAGAACUUAUUAAAAACAUAACAUUCAUAUUUAAAAAAAAAAAUAAAUCUUAAUGAGUUUCGAUUUUUGAGCCACGAAAUAUUUUAAUUUAUUAAAUAGUCCAUAUUGUAUAUAAAUGGGGACAUUUAUAUUUUCUCGGCUCUAUAGGAAACAUGGAGCCUGACAGGGUUGAUCCUGGACAAAGAGAAAACUUCAAAUUAACGUGUCCAAAAAUAAAGGACCACGACAAGUUCAUACCUAUUGCGGAGUUCAAAAACGAAGACCUGCCGGUCGAAUACCAGAGUACCGACCUGAUUCAAUCGGUGAUGGCUCUCGCGGACCUCACGGUCAGAGUGCGUUGCAAGUACACGAGCAGCAGUCGUCCGAAAGUUCACCAGGCGAGCGGUACGGUUUAUCCUUUCUACAGGGACCGAGGGAGAAACAACAUCAUCAGGACAGGCACUGGUCGCGUGUGGCACGUGAUGAUGCUAGAGAACAGCGGCGAGCCUUGUUCUUGUCAUAGGUGCGAAGGAACCAAAACCAGACAAGGUCGGAUCACCAUACUCACGGCAACACACGUGGUUUUCAACUCGUCAGAAGCGAGAGCAACUUCCGUCGAUUUCUUUUUUGACGACGAGAGUAGAUCGUCUUGCGUCACUUUGAAAGCGGAAGAGGUCUACGUCGCCGAUGCUGUAAGCGACAGGUGUUAUUUUGACUGCUAUACCUGUGACGUAGAACUGCUGCAAAAGUUAAGUAAAAUAUGGAUCAAAUGGCUGACCCUCUGCAAGACGGUUCGGGAGGAACAUCAGAAUUCGGAGGCUGAAAUCAAACUUGCUAUAAUGGUGGCGCACCCUCACGGACUGCCUAAGCAGGUCUCUGUGGGGCGCUGGUUCGAAAUCCAAGACAGCGUUGAUUCCGUCCAUUUUUACACGUACGAUUGUCCCACAUGCCCAGGAAGCAGCGGGGCGUACGUGUACACGCUCGCCCGACAAGGCUGGUGGUCAAAUCAUGUACAUUCUGGUGCUAAUCUCAGUUUGAACUACAGUGGCAGCGGGAUUGACUGGGGCUGGUGCACAGUGGCUGCGUCAACAACUUGAAAUAUUUGUAUACACAUUAUUUUUUUUUUAAAAUGUAUGUUCUAUUUUUUUAGAAUGUAUGUUUAGUUCAAUAUAGCAAGCCAUUUAAUUCAAAGCGUACAUGACACGAAAGUUUUUUGUUUUUUUCCAUUUCUCUAAUUGCUGCAACUUUUUAUAUUUACAUCUGCCUUCAGAUGUCUUUUUACGAGAUCUUAUUUUCACAUACAUUCCAAUACAUUAGUAAACGCCCCCCAAUUGUAUAGCCU